GGACAUUUUGUUCGGCGCCGAGGCAGCGAGGCUCUCGCCACCGCCUCUGGUGUUGCCGGUUACCGCUUCCUGCUUCGGAGCCUGCCGGGCUGCUCGUCAGCCCGCCUGCCCGAGCCGAGCGGCAGCGCCGGGCGAGCCCCCGCGGGGCGGGAGCGGCACCGGCCGCGGUGGCAGCGAGAUCCCGCGCCGCCGGCAGGGGGCGCCGUCGCCAUCCGGGCCCGCGCACUGCGCCGCGGCCAUGUCGGAGCUGGCGCUGGAGGAGCUGUCGGCUCUGGCCGCCAUCUACUGCGAGCCGGACGCCUGCGAGGUGCUGGCGGUCUCAGAGACACAUGGAAUCACAUUUAGAAUUCAAAUCAGCGUGAAAGGACUGCUGGAUACAGAUGUACUUUUAAAGCUAUUAUUUCAUUUACCAGUCAAUUAUCCAUCAGUUCUACCAGAUAUUUCUGUUAACUCAGACCAGCUUACAAGGGCCCAAUGUGUGGACGUGAAAGAUAAAUUACUUGAACAAGCAAAGAAGCAUCUUUCCAACCCCAUGGUACACGAUCUGAUCCUUUGGAUACAGCAGCAUCUUAAAUACGUCAUUAAGCAAUCAGCAGCAGUUUGCAGUGAAAAAACUACUUUGUCAAGUGGAACAAGUACAGAGGAUGGUAUCUGGAUGAUCCUUUUGCAUUUAGAUCACAUGAGAGCAAAGGCAAAAUAUGUCAAAACUGUGGAAAAAUGGGCUUCAGAUCUAAGGCUGACUGGAAGACUGAUGUUCAUGGGCAAGAUCAUAUUGAUUCUUCUUCAGGGUGACAGGAGCAACAUUAAGGAGUACUUGAUUCUUCAGAAAACUUCUAAGGUGGAUGUGGACUCAAGCGGAAAGAAAUGCAAAGAGAAAAUGAUGAGUGUACUGUGUGAGACACAAGUACAGUCACGGCACAAAAGGUUUCAGACGUUUGAAGCCAAAGAAUAUUCAACACUGGAUGAACUACAAAAGGAAUUUGAAACUGCAGGACUUACUACUCUUUUCUCUGAGUUUGUGCCUCCUCUCUUAAAAUAAUAUUAAAAGCAAACACUGGACUCUUUGACCCAAGCAGUAGUUGACUACAGAUGCUGAUGGAAGAUAAAAGGACUCAUUUAUUAAAGCUUUUUUGUAAAAAAUGCCAGAAGUAGCAAUCCUUUUGCAAGAAGGAGAAGGUAAUUCAUAUGUUAAGAAUUGAUACAUUUUUGAAAAAAAUUAGAAGUGUCUUUUCGAAUGUUAGUUUUCAUUCUAAAAUGUGUAAAAACAGUCAGGUGGAGAAUUUAAAUUGAUUAAAAGCUAAGGUAAAGCCAAUUGUAAUCUUGUCUUUGAUAGUUUACGGAUUCCUUUUUGCACUUUAUCUGGUUUUACUGUCUGUACAUCUUUAGAUACCUUGAUUCAAUUAAACUGUCAGAGCAGUAUA